ACCAUAUUCUUGGUGCAUAGAUGCAUGACUAAAAAUAUUAUGCUUUUCUCGUGAGAUUUGAUUUACAUAAUUGAUUAAAUGUGUGUUCACCAUUAUUAUUGGAUUACUAAGGUGUUAUUUCAUGCAUAUAACUCUGUAAUCACAUUUACUUCCGGUUUUAAAGUUGGACUCUUUCAAUUAGACUUCAGUUUCUUAAAUAAGUUUUUUUCAUGUUUCUUUCGUUUCCAAGUUUUCAUCACGUAACUUCCAUAAAAACUGUUAUAAGGUAAAUGAUAAAAUAAAAUAAUCAUAUUGAUUUUGCAAAGUAUCUUUUUGAUCCGUAGUAUAAAUAACCCAGCUAUGAUUAUAAAACACUAAAUAUUCAAUUAAGGAAUUUAUUAAAUUUUAUGGAAUUAAGCUUCUAUUUAAAUUAUAAUGUUAUUCAAUGAUGUAUUCUUAUAUUAUUAAAUUAUGAGUAUUAUUGUUUUUGAAAGUUUAGAUUAUGAGUAUUUGUAGUCAUUCUUCUAAAAUACUUUAAAUUAUAUUAUUUUAAUUUAUUAAUUUCUUGUGCUAUCAAAUGUUAGUGUUAUUCAAUCUCACUGUUCAUGGUAUUGUUAUGUGAAAGGAAAUUAACCGAGUUCAGUGAAAAAAAAAAUACUAAAAGCCAAGUUUUACCAUCAUCAUCCUAAUAAAAAUAUUAUAUUUCCUAACAAAGACUUUAAAUAUUUUAAAAUAAAUUGUUUUGAAAUUCAUGUACAUGUCUUCAGAUCAAUCAUUCAAUAAGUUUCCUACGUAUUUGGAGAAAGUUACUGAAGCUUCGACCUCUUGCGUAUCAAUUCAUUCGGAUGGAGGUUAAGGAUGGGAAGUCAGCGUUUUUUUGGUUUGAUAAUUGGUUGCAGCUUGGAAAACUUAUUGACAUCACUGGCGCUGUCGGUACUCAGUAUCUAGGCAUACCUUGUAAUGCUAGAGUCUGUGAGGUAGUUUCUCACGAGCAGUGGAAUGUUAGAGGUCAUAGAAGGCGACACUAUCACGCACUGCAUGAACGCAUUCAGAGAGAACCGAUACCAGAUGCUCAGCAAGGCAGUGACGUGGUAUUAUGGAAGCAUUCUGAUGAUGACUUCAAGCCCUGGUUCUCUUCUCUUAAAACUUGGGAGCAGAUUCGAGAAAAGAAGGCUACGGUACCUUGGAGUCGCGCUGUCUGGUUCACUCAAGGAGUACCGCGGUACACAUUUAUUGUCUGGUUGGCGGUCAGAAAUAGAUUAUCUACAGGUGAUAGAAUGAGAGCUUGGGGCAUACAGCGGAGCUGUGUUCUGUGUGGGGAGAAAGAUGAAACGCGUGAUCAUGUCUUCUUCGCAUGUCGCUACUCCUACACAGCUUGUGACAAGCUGGCAAGCAGACUCAGUGGGAACAUAACAGACCCGGACUGGACGAGCUCUCUGCAACUAGUGAACACAAACAACCUGCAAAAAUACUUGAUCGGAUCUUGCUGAAAAUGGUUUUUCAAACCUCCAUAUACCACAUAUGGCAGGAGAGAAACCAAAGAAGACAAUCGCACAGGUUUUCGCUCGGUAGAUCAACUGAUCCGUACUAUCGACAAGGCAAUCCGCAACAGAAUCACUUCGCUGCGCUACAAAGCUGGUCAUGAGCUUGCUGGGCUGAUGCAAAGAUGGUUCAUGGCUACAUCAAAUACAUAGGAAGAAUAUAAACCUUAGCUCUUUUAGCCUUGUAAACUUUUAGGCUUUCAUAACCUUGUAAAUGUUUUUUUACCAAGAUCAAUAAAUUUCACAUUUUAUCAAAAAAAUAACUUUCCUACAAAAAAAAUGACUUGUUCUUGCAACCUAUUAACUAUGUGACACAUGUACAGAUAUAAAUAUUUAUAAAAUAGAUAAAUCAUAAUAAUUAUUUAAUAGUUUAAUUUCAUUUAUUUUUUAUAUUUUAAUUAGUUUCUAAUUAUAUGUAUAAAAGUAACUUAAAUUUGUAUAAAAUAUUAUUUUAGUGUUAUAUUAGUUAGACAUGUUAUUUCAAAUAUAAUAAUUCACAUAACUUCUAUUAUUCUUCUUCAGAGUAGUGAAUUGCAUCUAUUAUUCAAAAUGUAACAAUAAUUGUUUGUAUUACUUAGGUUAAAAAAUAAUUAAUUAUUUUAGUUACAUUUAGUUUUAUUUUUCAUUUUUAGAUUAGUAAAUAUUUUCAUAUGAGAAAUUCCCUAGGAUAGACCUACAAAAGUUUUUGUCACAAAUAUAGACCUUAAAAAUAAAAAUGACCAAAAUAGACUUAAAUGUUUUAUCAAAAGAAGUAAAUAUACACUUAUACCCAUAGGGUUGAUUAAUCUAGACAUUAGGGUUUAGAGUUAAGGGGGUGGGGUUUAGGGUUUAAAAAUAAAUUAAAAAAAGUUAAAAUUUUCAAAAUAAAAAAUGAUAUUUUGGUCAUUUUAGUUUUUGAGGUCUAUUUUGUGACAAAAACUUAAAAAAGUCUAUCUAAGAGAAUUACCCUUUUCAUAUAGUUCGUCAUACUUGGAUAUAUGUCAUUUUAAUAAAAAUAAUAGACACCAAAAUUAAAGAAAGUGUAGAUGGGUUCGAAAGUUCAUAGGCUUUUAAUUUUUAUUGUUUGAAUUAUACAUUAUAUAUUAAGUUAGUCGUAACAGAACUAUACUUGAAAAAAAUGCCCGGGUCACAAUUAAAAAGAAAUAAAAAAAAGUUUAUUUAUUAUGUAAAACAUAAAUCUAUAGUAAACAUAAAUGUUUUUAUAUUUUUAAUAUUGUUUGACAUUAAUUUUGACUAAAAAUAAAGUUAGAGGCUAAAUCAGCACUAAUUAAAAGAUAAAAUGAUUAAAGUGACUAAAUCAGCAUUAAUUAAAAGAUAAAAUGAUUAAAUUACUCCAAACCCUAAACACAUCCUAACUCCAUCCUGGAAAAAUAAACUCUUAAUACUAAUCACUAAUGGCAAACCUAAGUAUAAAAUAAAAAUGGCUUAAAUUUUUUAUUAAAACUAUUUUGAUCACCUUCUUUUUUUGUGUGUUAAUUAGAAUGAUAAGGUGUUUAAUUCAUUAAUAGUAGUUAUAUAACUAUAGUCAUCAAAGCUAAUGAGGCUUAUAUAUUUCUAAAGUCAUAUUACAUAAAUUUUAAAAUAUUUUAUAUUUUUGAGAAAUUUUUAACUGUUAUUUACAAAAGAAUAAUUUAAAACCAAAAUAUUAAUUAUGAAAAUAAAUAAUAAUUUUGACAAAUCUAUCUAAAAUAGAAUAUAUAUAUAUACAUAUAUAUAUAUAUAUUCAAAAUUUUGUAGUUUAAUGUUUAGUGCAACAUGUUUAGUUUUUCAUAACUUUGGGUCUAAUCUUUUUUAAUAUAAAGUGUUAUUCCGUAAACCAUAACUGGUAAAAGUUGAAUCCAAAAUGUUUGAAGAGACUAUGGGCCGAUGGUCCAGAGUUCAAGUUUUAAGGGUACAUGAGAAAUACAGUAGAAACUAUAUAAAUAAUAUUUGAUAGAUUAAUAAAGAUGAGAACUAAUAUAUUUUUGAGUUUUGAAUUGGACCGAUGCAAAAUAUGAUACAAUCCAAUAGGAUAAUAAAUAACAAAUUUUAAAAUUUAUGUAAAUAUAUGGGAUGAAUGUAAAUCAAUAUUUAAUUUAUAUAAAGUUUAUAAAUGUGAAAAACAUUGUAUUGUUUAUUUUUAAUCACAAUGAAGUUCAUCUUAAUUUUUUAUACAUUUUAAAAUAUUUUGAUGUUAUUUUUUUAAUUUUACUCCUGAAAUAGAUUUAUAUUUAAUGUACAUAGUUAUAAACCAAAUAACCGAAUAAAAACAACCAAAAUUUAAUAAAACUGUAUCAAUAUAUAUAUACUUUAAAAUCAAUACUUCUUCUUAUUUUUUCCUAAAAUAUACUUCAAAUAUAAAACUUAUAACCAUUUCUGAGAAUUAAUAACUUUAUAAAUAAAUAAAUUAUCAUAGUUGCAACAUUAUUAAUCUAUAAAAUUUGUAUUGUACGUUCUCAGAGUACAUAUAAAUAAAUAUAAAGACCAAAAAAUGAACAUAUAGUUAUUUCUCUGCAGUUAAUUAGAAAUCACACUUUAUAAACAACUUAACUUUUGCGUGCUAUAUAAUAUUUAAUAAAACUAAAUAAGAAACUGGUUGAAUCUCAGAGGAGUCUUUAUAUAGGGAUAAUCUAUUUGGGUAUUUUUAGUUGUCACAAGAAAAGAUGAAGAGAUUCAACAAUGGCGUUUUCCACUUCGUGGUUUUUAUCUCUAUUCUUCUUUUUCUGGGUCCAGGGCUUUGCAUGCAUCCUUUCUCCUACGAUCAUUCUCUAAAAUCAGAGUGCCUCAUGGAGCUUCCACAAACUAUAAAUACUGGAGAACGAUUCCAAGAAUUGAAGAUCAAAGGAAAUGGAGAAAACGGAAAAGUUCAGAAAGGGGACAUAUACAGCAUAUCUGCUUGGGUAAAGUUGAGGAAUGAGAAGAAAAGAGCAGUAAGAAUAACUUUGAGGGGAAAGAAUGUCAGAUACGUUGAUGGAGGUCAAGUUAUGGCGAAGAACGGAUGCUGGUCUUUGCUUAAAGGCGGUUUUAUCGUCAAUGUCUCGGCCCCUGUCGACAUUUUCUUCAAGAGUGAUGGCUCAGCGGCCGCAGAGAUAAGUGUACAAAACGUGAGGUUGCAACGGUUCAACAAAACACAGUGGAGACUCCAGCAAGACCAAGUCAUUGAAAAGAUUCGAAAGAGCAAGGUGAGAUUUCAACUGAGCUUUCAGAACAAAAGCCCAGUAGAAGGAUCAUUCAUUUCCAUAAAACAGAUCAGACCAUCGUUCCUCCUUGGCUGUGCUAUGAACUACCGAAUCUUGGAAAGUGAUAGCUAUAGAGAAUGGUUUGUGUCACGGUUUAGACUAACUUCCUUCACAAAUGAAAUGAAAUGGUAUACAACUGAGGAAGUGCGAGGCCAAGAGAACUACACAUUGGCUGAUGCAAUGAUGCAGCUUGCGGAGGAAAACAAGAUUCUUGUCAAGGGACAUACGGUUUUGUGGGACGACAAGAAAUGGCAGCCAAUUUGGGUUAAGUCGAUAACUGAUCCUGACGAUCUUAAAAAUGUGACUCUCAACAGAAUGAACUCAGUUAUGAAGAGAUAUAAAGGGAGGUUAAUUGGAUGGGAUGUGAUUAAUGAGAAUUUGCAUUACAGCUAUUACGAGGACAUGCUUGGGAAAAACGCUUCAGCUAUGAUCUACUCUUUGGCCUCUAAGAUUGAUCCUGAUAUACCAUUGUUCAUAAACGAGUACAACACCGUAGAGUAUGCAAAAGGAGUUGGGAGCCCGAUCAACGUGAAGAAUAAGAUGCAAGAGAUUGUUUCGUACCCAGGAAACAUGAAUAUCAAAGGAGGGAUUGGAGCACAAGCUCACUUUGUUCCAGCACAGCCUAACUUGCCUUACAUGAGAUCUGCUUUAGAUACGUUAGGCUCUCUGGGUUUUCCAGUUUGGCUUACGGAGGUUGAUAUGCCCAAGUGCCCGGAUCAGGUUAAAUACAUGGAGGAGGUUCUGAGAGAAGCUUACUCGCAUCCUGCAGUCCAAGGCAUAAUCUUAUAUGCGGGGCCUGAGAUGUCAGGUUUCAACAAGUUAACUCUUGCCGACAAUGAUUUCAACAACACAAAAGCAGGAGAUCUCAUUGACAAGCUGCUCCAAGAGUGGCAACAAGAACCUGCAGAGAUUCCUGUUGAAUACCACGAACAUAAUGAUGAAGAACAAAGUCGAAUCAUUGGCUUUUCUCCAGAAGUUUCCUUGCUGCAUGGACAUUACACAGUUACUGUAACUAAUCCAUCGAUGAAGAACUUCUCCACUACCUUCAGCUUGGAGGUAACUACGGAGUCGGGUCAACUCCAAGUGGUUCAACUUGAACUUGAUGUUUGAAUACCGAACCAUAUCACUGCGAAU